CUAUGUAAGAAUAAGAAAUUUUUAUACAAUUAGAACUUUAAAAAAUUGUUGGGAUUGGGCCCAACAUUCAACCUGGGUCAUGCCCAAUAGACCCAAUAACACUUCCACAGGAUGGAGCUCAACGUUUAAUCUGGAUCACUCUCAAUGUUUUCUCAUUUCCAUGGGUUUCCAUCCUUCUGUUCAAAUCAAACCUGCUGGACAAAAAGAUUCAUGUGUGGUUACAAGGAGUAAUUUCAAGAACUUAUACUGGACAUUGACUCAACAAUUGGCACAACAUACAAUCAAUGGUUGCAACUUGAGGCCUGGAGAUCUUCUUGGAACUGGAACCAUCAGUGGGCCUGAGCAAGAUUCUCUUGGAUGUUUGCUAGAAUUAACAUGGAAUGGACAGAAGCCAUUGUCAUUGAAUGGAACAACUCGUAGUUUCUUAGAAGAUGGGGAUGAAGUAACCUUUAUUGGUUGUUGCAAGGGAGAUGGUUACAAUGUUGGCUUUGGGACAUGCACCGGGAAGAUACUUCCAGCCCCUUGAAGAAUAAGUCAUCGCAAUGUGCAAGUAGGUACAACACUCACAAUCGAUGAUGUUUUCCUGUCAAGAGAUGUCACUUGACCAUUUGAAUUGAUUCUCAUGGUUGGACCAGUCUGUUUGUUGUAAAUUAGUUUAUGGUUCUUAGUAGUUAACUGAAGAAUAAUUCAGAACCUUUGUUGCUUAGCAUUUUGUUUCUGGUUUUUGGAUGUUGGAAGUUGUUACUUAGUAAUCUUUCAGUGCAGUUCGUCAAGUCUGUUUGUUGUAUAUCACUUAAUGUUUAUCAGCCGGACCAAUAAAAAAUCGGUGGAAAU